CGUGAGGAGAGGAUACGAGCAGGAGGCUCUGAUGGCUGGACGAUUCCUCUGACAAUUUUAUAAUUUUAUACGAUCUUUUGUAAAAAGUUAUUAUUCUUGCUAUCCUAUUUGAUAAAAACUCAAUUUGACCGAGACAUUUUUGAGGUUUUCGAAGAAUCGUCGUGCGUUCUCGCUGUAGCUUGUUAGCUUGAAGCCCAUCUUUCCUCCUGCUCUUCGACAAAUCCUCUUGAUGAGGCAGUGGAGAUAAAACUACGUUUAUUCAGAGUUAUAGAUAUAAAUUAAACUAAUGUAUCGUCUUCCUUGCGUUUAAAUUGAGAAAUUGCCUUGUGUGCUGGAAAACGCUAGGAAAAAAGCGUACUAAAGGAAGCCAACCGGAAAAUAAUGACCGCUGUCCAACUCGUAAACAUCCAGAGAUUAUUAGAAGCUGCGGAAUAUUUAGAGAGGAGAGAACGAGAGUGUGAACAUGGAUAUGCUUCAACAUUUCCCUCAAAUCAGAACACGAACUACCAGCGACAAAGGAAAUUCCGAAAUAAGAAGUUCAGCAGUAACCACAAUAGGUCAACACAUAAUGAGCUGGAGAAGAAUAGACGAGCUCACCUGAGGCUGUGUCUGGAGAAGUUGAAGGCCCUGAUUCCACUAGGACCAGACUGCAACCGCCACACCACUCUGGGCCUGCUUAACAAAGCCAAAGCACAUAUUAAGAAACUUGAAGAGGCGGACAGGAAGAGCCAGUAUCAGCUGGAGUCCCUGGAGCGUGAGCAGAGGCACCUCCAGCGCCAGUUGGAGCUGCUGAGGGGCGGAGUCAGCGCCCCCAGCCCAGUGGAGAGUGAGCGGAUACGCAUGGACAGUGUGGGCUCCACCCUCUGCUCUGACCGCUCCGACUCCGACCAAGAGGAGAUUGAGGUGGACGUAGAAAGCACGGAGUUCUCCCAUGGAGAGCUGGACAGUGUGAGCACGGCCAGCACCAGCGACUUGGACGACCACAGCAGCCUGCAGAGCAUGGCCAGUGACGAGGGCUACUCCUCCUGCAGUGUCAAACUUGCCUUUUCCUCCUAGAGUCUGCCCCUCCUCCCCUCUGCCAACACACACCCUCACGUUUUCUCCUGCCGUACCUGUGUCAACCUCUCCCUGGAAGACAUGGCUAAGCUAAUGGCGCUACCCUCUCCCUCCCACUCCUAGCUUUAGUCCUGAUGUCCAUGUGAGGCUGCCAAUUGAUUUUAAACUUCUUUAAAGGGAGAGCAGACACAUGAUUGAUAUGAAGUGAUGAUUUUUAAACCCACACUACUGCAAUGAAUGAUGUUUCCUUUAUUUUAUGUGUACCCCCUGAUUGGAUCCAAAAUGCACUUAAAUUCACGUCAUAGGAGAGAGUAUUGUGUGUUUCAGUUGUUUGUGUGUGUGUGUGUGUGUGUGUGUGCAUGAGGAUUUGAGGGGUCACUGUUACACUGGCUCAACAACAUGCCAUCUCAACACAUUCCCCUACAGCCCGUCGUAUGUUUUCUCCUCUGCUCAACACUGCAGAAGCUUGGACACUUAUUGGUGCUAUUGUCAAACAGACCAAUGGGAAAACUCAGAUCUACCAUCAAGCUUUCAAAGCCAACAGCGAGUAUGCAGUGAUUGUUCCAGUCUGGCCCUGAGGAAAACCACCACAAAAGCAGAGGAAGGAGGGAGCUCUCCUGUUGAAUGUGGGGCUCAGUGCGUUUUUCAAUGGCUGGAAACUGUAAUGUGUGUGUGUUUUUGUUUGGUUCCCUUUCCCCUCUACAAGCAGCUACAACAAGCAACCCUGCACUUGCCUACUUUAGAGCUGUCAGUAGAAACAGCACAAAGCGAUAAAGUUUAAAAGUUUAAAAACAAAACAGCAACAAUCAAACAACAGACUUUGGAAUAAAUGUCCAUCCUCUUUCCAGCAGUAAUAAGCAAUAACUCGUCUUUUUGUCAGUUUCAACUCCUCAUGUGCAUUUUCCCUUGAAGACGUGACCGUCCAAAAAGCUAAAUUUCUUGUUUUUGUACAUACAAAUAGCAUCAAAAAUUUUAACAAAAAUGGGUUUUAAAAAUGUUAGAGCUCACAGAUAGAUCUAUUGCCUCUGUUGCUGUUUGCCCUGUGUUUAUUGUGCAUUUUAAAUUACAUUUUGGAAAAUUUUAUCUUCAAAGUGGCAUGGACACUAUUAUUUUGCUCUUGAUCGAAACAUUCAAAAGUUAUUCAUUGUGUUGUUGCCCCAAGAAGAAUUUCUUGCUGAAAGUGACUUGACCAGAAGGACUUGAGCUGGAAGAGACUGUGUGGCUUGUAUUUAUGGGACUUUGUUUGUGAGAUUGAAUGGGGUAAUGGUGGUGUAAGGCCUUCAUAGGGGUCAGUGCUCAGUGCAGGAGACUGAGGUGCAGAACAAACAGGUGUGUGGUGCUGCGGCUGUGCCGACCAAACACUCACCCUCCACUGGCAUUAUAAAGAGUGGCGCUGCAGUCCUUCACUGCCCCACGUGUGCAAGAAUUACACCCCUAAUAUUUAUUUUUCAUCCCUCAAAAAAAAAACACAUGAGAAAAUGAGUUAACUUAUUUUGGGUCUGUCUUAUUUACCCCUUUGAAUGCAUAUUCCUCAUUCCUUAUUUUAAGAAAUGUAUAUUUUAUUGUUUUUGUGGGGAGGGCAAAAAUGUAGCCAUGUUUUUUCAUUAUUUCUGAUGUUUUAUUCAAUGGACACUUGAAAUGUAAUUGGCCCCUAAGCUGCUCCUAGUGCUGAGCCUCGCCUAGUUAGAGUCACCAGCCUUGUUCAGGACUAACCCCUCAGUUGUGCCCCUACGACACAUGCAAAGCUACAAACAUGUAAAAGUCCUAUAACAGUUUCUCUUAAAGCAGGUACAAGGAAAUGCAUAGUGUAAUUUGUCUCAGGGGCUCAGGGGUCUCCUGGAGAAUGGGGCUGACCCAUAGACUUUAAUGGCAAAUAUUGAGCCAGCUACUAAACAAUUACAGGGGUCUAAAGCUCCACUGUCCUCUAUUAGGAGGACUGUAGUCUCUAUUAGACUUGUGUUUCAGUUGACAAAGUGUGUCUUACCUUUUAAUGCCUCGGACUGAGGAUUUAAACUAUAAAGAACAAAUUAGUAAAGAAAGACAUAUUAAUAUUUUAGGUGUUCUAAUUUGAAAGCUCCUACCGAGCUCUGUUGAGGUUAUUACGACAUGGCAGAGUCCGAAUGUCACCAUUUUGGUGCUCCAAUAAAAAAAAAAAAACAGAAAUGCCAAAACAACCUCAAACACCUCAGUGUCCUCUUUUCUCUUUUUCCGGGGACAGUUUACAUUAACUCUGCCCCUUUAAGUUAUUAUUACCUUUCAUCUAUUCUUUAUUCAUUUCUUUGUAUUUUGGGAAACCUGCACUGUUGACAAGAUAAAGGUCCCACUAUGUUAAAUUUACAUCUCACCUUGCCCAGGCUUGAGUCAGACCGCUGUGACGCUGAACCGAUGCUUUUCCAAAAAUUGUACAGGUGAUAGACUUUCAGACACUGUUAUCUGUCAUGGAAACAGUGUUGUUAUUUUUUUCAAAACGGGUAAAACUGGCAGUGUGUGGGCUCCAUGUACCAGAGUACACCAAAGUCAGAAGAGCUGUCGGCUGCACAAUUACUCAGCCAUUAUCUAACCACUGAGGAGUUUGCACUGCUCUAUGCAGGUUUUAUUUGUUGACUGAAUCUCCACACUGCAGCGCAGUCUGGUCCAUCACGUCAGUCACGCGGUCUGACGAUGGUUUUGGGCUUUGCUGCGAACUCCAAAAACUUGGCAUAUCUCCAUGAGCUGGUCACAAAGUGAUACUUUACCUCUGUGUCUAGGAUUAGACGAGUGCUCUGGUUAGUGGGUUAGUGACCGCCCUUAUGCCGGGGUCAAGUUACUCAAACCCAAAGGGAGUCCUCCUGCUGUCCAAAACCUGUGGCCAUUCUCUGUAAACAUGCACUCUGGUGAUGAUGGUGAUUAGCUGUGUAAGUUGAAGAUGCAAUACUUACAAUAAAACAAGAUUUUCAAA